AUGGACAUGUCCAUGGUGAAGGUGCUUUUGGCUCUGCCGGCGACGUGGGGCAUACCCGCUAAACACGGUGACAUACCGAAUGCGUGUGUGAAGGCGGACAAGGAAUCAAACCUCGAGAUAAUGCAACAGGUACCGCAAGCCAUGGAAGUCGACAAGUCAACACUGAAUAAGCUAGGUGCUUCAAGUCAUAAGGAACUGGCACUAAAUCUUCGCAAAAGUUUGUGCGGCCUUAAGCAAGCCGGACGACACUAG